AUGGAAAGCCCACUUAGCUCUGGUAUUCCGGCGAGCUCCGAGAAUAUACAUGCUCGCAGUUGUCACAAAUGUAACCAGAGGAAGACCCGCUGCAGCAAGACGCUUCCAUGCACCAGUUGCGUCAAGCUAGGGGUGGAAUGUAUCUUUCCGCCACCGGGCCGAGCGCCCCGCAGAAAAAAGAGAGCAUUGAAGGCGGAGCUGGUAUCGCGAGUGAAGUAUUUGGAGCAUCGGCUUCAUGACCUUGGCGAGGAAUCCAAGCCCCAGACUCACCCGUCUAAGCAUGAGCUGCAUGACGCUUCACACACCGAAGACAUAUCUCCCGUGAGCGACACUGCCUCCCACUUGGGAUCUCGAAAGGACGAUGGUGCUGCGAGUGGAGCAGCCGGUCCUCUGGGGCAGCUCGUGAACGGUGGGGAGGGACGACAGUAUGUGGAGCACGAAGCUCUCGUGGGGUUUCAGAAUGAGAUGGCGAGCAGUUCCAGCAGGGAAUCCCCAACGAAAGGACCAAUGCAGAGCCAGGGACCAAACUCAAGUGCAUACAUGUUCGGGUUUCGUGCUCUUGCAGAGUCUCUUCAUAGCCUGCAUCCGCCACCGCUCACCAGUCACUUCUUUUGGGAAAUCUACGAGAGAAACGUGGCACCCUUAAUCUCGAUUCUUCACAAACCGACUAUCCAUCGGCUGGUCCGGAAAGCAGCGACCAAUGCUGAAUUCCUCGACUCCUCUGACGAAGCACUGGUCUUUGCUGUAUACUUUGCUGCAGUUGCCAGCAUGAAGCCUGAAGACUGCCUCCAAAAAUGUAAGACGGAUCAUGAGACACUAAUUCAUCAUUAUCGUUUUGCGACAGAGCAAGCACUCGCCCGAGCAAACUUCCUGAAAACACGCAGUCUAACCGUACUGCAAGCCUUGGUCUUGUUCUUGACUACUCUAUGGUGUGCUGAGGAUGGAAAUUUCAUUUGGGCUAUGACAUCUGUGGUGUACAGGCUCGCGCAAGGAUCAGGCUUACACCGUGACGGGUCCCAUCUCGGAUUGAGUCCAUUUGAAACGGAAAUGCGCCGACGGCUUUGGUGGUAUAUCUAUCUUCUCGAUACACAGUCAUCAGAAGCACAAGCAAUAGGUCGUCUGAUAUAUGAAGGAAGCUAUGAUACUCGACUCCCGCUCAACGUCAACGACAGUGAUAUUUCCCCAGAGGCAACGAAGCCAUUCACAGCUCGCAUUGGAUUUACUGAGAUGACCUUCUGUUUGAUUCGAUGCGAAAUCAUCAUUCGAUCCCGUCAAAUGUGUGGAAGUUCAAGGCCCAGUCUUACGCCGAGGCGAUCAUCCAUUGAAGAGACCGAGAAGAACUUGAAUGAGAUCAACUCCUUCCUGGAGAGCGGUCAUCUCCGAUUCUGCGACUUGCACGUGCCAAUCCAGUGGACUGCAGCUACUAUUACGCGCAUCGCGUUGGCGCGGUCAUGGCUCACAGCUCAUUUCACUCUGAUAACUACUGGUGAGCUCAGCACAGACCGGUGGCAGAAGCGACGUGAGACUCUUUUCCAAACUGCCAUCGAUGUUUUGGAGUUUACCCAUUUGCUGGAGACGAGUGCAGAAACAGCAGAUUGGAUCUGGCUCUUCCAGAUGUAUCGGCAGUGGCAUGCCUUGGUCUUUGUUUUAUCGGAGAUAUGUGUGCGGCCGGCAUCGGAUGCCGCGGACCGCGCCUGGGUGAUAGCACAAUUAAUGUUUCAACGGUGGCAACAGAAGGGCCCGCCGAAAGGAUGGGUGCUUUGGGAGCCGCUCUCGCGUCUGUUUGAACGCGCUGCUACGAAACGUGCAAAGGAGCAGAAUUUCCUGGAUGUCGAGCAACUUGAAAGAGAUCUUCAAAUCCCGGCUCUGCACGAUUCAUCGCAAAUAUCUCUUGACUGGGUUUCUCAGGACACUGGUCUUAGUUCGGUGGGACAGGAUGCUGUGGCUUCUGGAAUUGACACCUCGGCUAUGGACAUAUACCGUGAGAUAAUGCAGGAUGCUGGGUCAAUACUGGAUUGGCAUCAUGAUGAGACUUGA